UUAGCUCGUUUUCUCUCUUCUCCUACCGGGCAGCGAUAAAACGAAAAUAAUAUUUCAAAGGAUAUUGUAUACACUAACGAAAGAGCAUGAUGAAGUUCAAGUGUGAUUACCAAGAGGAAUGCAUAAGAAACUCGAGAGACGUUGAGUUGUUCGCUUGCAGAUGGGUUCCAUCCCCUUCUCCUCCCAAAGCUCUCAUCUUCCUCUGCCAUGGCUACGGGAUGGAGUGCAGUGGCUUCAUGAGAGAAUGCGGGAUAAGGCUGGCUUCAGCAGGAUAUGCAGUAUUUGGAAUGGACUACGAAGGUCAUGGUCGGUCCAAAGGAGCUCGUUGUUACAUCAAGAAAUUUAGUAACAUUGUAAACGACUGCUAUGACUACUACACCUCAAUCUCUGCGCAGGAAGAAUACAAAGAAAAAGGCAGAUUCUUGUAUGGAGAAUCCAUGGGAGGUGCGGUUGCGUUGUUGCUACACAAGAAAGAUCCUUCUUUCUGGAAUGGUGCCCUUCUCGUCGCUCCAAUGUGUAAGAUAUCAGAGAAGGCGAAACCACAUCCAGUAGUGAUUAAUCUACUAACAAGAGUUGAAGAGAUUAUACCAAAAUGGAAGAUCGUGCCCACCAAAGAUGUUAUCGAUGCUGCCUUCAAAGAUCCGGUCAAGCGCGAAGAGAUAAGGAAUAACAAGCUGAUAUAUCAAGACAAACCAAGGCUCAAAACAGCACUUGAGAUGCUUAGAACGAGCAUGAACCUCGAAGACAGUCUCCACGAGAUCACGUUACCCUUCAUUGUUCUUCACGGUGAAGCAGACAUAUUGACCGAUCCAGAGAUUAGCAAAGCUUUGUUCGAGAAAGCAAGCUCACGUGACAAAACCAUUAAGCUUUAUCCAGGGAUGUGGCACGGGUUGACUUCUGGUGAGACUGACGCUAACGUUGACCUCGUUUUUGCUGACAUCAUUAACUGGCUUGAUGUUCGUACCGCCGACUCUGCUUCGCUCACUGUCACUCCGGUCCGAGAUGUCACCGCAAAUGUUCAAAAGGUCGUGGAAGGCGCUUGUAAUGAUCAAGGGAAACCUAAACGGCAGUAUGCUAGUCUCCUUUGUGGGUUAAACGGUGGUGGACGCCGUUUGGUCCAUCGAUCUUCUAUGUAAUAACCUAAUCACUACAGAUAAUAAUCUGUUUCCUUUGUGUUCAUUUUGUAUUAAGGUGAUGAUUGUUUGGAUACUUUUUAGAUUUUAGUUUCUGGUUUUUGGCUUUUGGUUUUU